UCCACUACAUUUAUCUGAUAGCUUUAGUUACUUUACUGAUUAAGACUUUACAUAAAAAGCAUAUCAUUAAUUUAGAAAAUACAAAACAUUGUUAAAGAUUAAACCUGUAGUUCCCAACCUUUUUGGCUUGUGACCUCUGAUUUAAAAAAAACAAAAAAAAAAAACAGUUUUUAGUUGAGGCCCUGUGUCACACAUUUAAUAUUUCUGAGUUGUUUUCAGUUUCACCAAAGAGACAUUUCCUCUCCAAACUUCUCAGAUGUUUUCAUUUAAAUGAUGUCCAAGGCCCAAAGAAGUAAAAUGUUCCGCUAUUUCACAAAUAAAAUCAAAGAUUAGAGAAAAGUCCCACAAAAAAUGAAAACAGAUUUGUGUAGCAGAACUUUUUUUCUUCUUUCCUCCUCAGCUCACAACCCCUCAGAUUUAUCUUGUGAACUAGCUCCACCUCGACCGGCUGCAACAGUAAAAUACUAUUUACACAUUGAUACAUUAGUAGUAACAGCCUAUUGACAUUAUGUAUAUCAGCCACCAAGAUAAAAGUCUUGUUGUUUUCAAACCUCAGACCUUGCUCAGAGGUCAGCAUGAAAACAGUUUAGAUCAGUUAAGAUACAAUUAAGUAAGCUAAGACUAUACUUAAAAAUGAUGAAAUAUAGUGGAGUAGAAGUAUAAGUUGGCAUAGUACUAGUACUUAAUUACAGUACAGGAGUAAAUGUACUUAAUUACUUUCCACCACUGGACUCCACCAAACAACAACACCUGCUGGUCUGCGCUUUGUGCCGCUCCACUGUUUGUUUAAUAAACUCCGUUGCCUAUUUUUCCCUCCCUUGACGCUGAGAUUAAAAUACAAAGAGCUCCAUUAAUCCACGAGCCCCUGAAGCACCGCGGCCCUGUGCCCACAGCAGCCGACUAGUUAUUUCCUGUUCCACCCUCCUGGCUUAACAGUGAACAGACUUACUGUUUGUGGCCAGCAGAGGAGAGAUCACCUCCCUCUGGUCAGCAGUGUGGCUCACAUCUGCACAGAGGAGAAAUAUCUCCAGUUCUAAAUGAGGACUCUAUAGUGUAGUUUACCUGCAUUUCUGGGGCUUUUUAUUUUGGAGUCAGAUGCCAGUGGUACAGGCAUGAGUUUUACUCAUCUGUCUCUCAGGAAAAGGAAACACCUCCUCCUCAACACGAGUCUGCAGCAUUUCUGGCUGGUCCUCCUCUAAAGGAUGACAGGGAGUGGAUCAUAGUGGAGGGCUGCUCCCUCUCCGGCAGUCCAGCAGCAACAUCAGCUCCUCUGUCACGAACACUGAGUGACCGACAACCUCUCACCGCUUCUCUGUCCACAUUAUGGGAUCUUAUCCAAGUGUUGGCUGACAGACCAGGUCCAAAUCUGGAUCAAAAUUUGUUUUUCAGUGGAAACUUUGUGUUCGUCAAGCUGUGCAGCUCUCAUCCAGGACCAAGGAUCUGUUGUUGGUGAAUAGUGCAGGAGUUCAGUGUGCAAAAGAAAGUCCUGGAGAUGGUAGAUAUUUGAACCCACAGUGAACCAGGAUGGAGCCUAUUAAGCGAGACAUGGAGCUGCUCAGUAACAGCAUGGCGACCUACGCUCACAUCAAAGCCAAUCCAGAGAGCUUCGCCCUCUACUUCAUGAUGGGCGUCUGUUUCGGCCUGCUCAUGGCGCUGUGUCUCCUAGUGGCCGGCAUCGCCUGCAGGACUCGCCGCCGCAGCAGGCCUCCCCCUUCCCCCGAGAGGAGACAGCUGAAGGAGUCCAGCGAGGAAGAGGAGGAUGAGGAGGAUGAGAGUAUCGCAGAGGAGAUCCCCAGAGUGACAAUGGGGCCCAUGAGUGAUCGCAGCAGCCAGUCUAACGGUACUCUGAGGAGCGUGAAUGUGUUUGCGUCAGCCGAGGAGCUGGAGAAGGCACGACGCCUAGAGGAGAGGGAACGAAUCGUCAGGGAGAUCUGGAGGAACGGACAGCCAGACAUCCUGGUCACAGGGACGGGGACUAUUGGACGAGUGCAUUACCACUAAUAGACACUUGACGGUGCCCUAGAAAUCCACCUCACAGACUGCAAAGGGCAGGACAUACACAGGACAUUGGAUAGAGACCUUUUCACCUUGUAUGGCAACCCGAAGUGUUCAAUAUUGAAAUAAGGGACUGUACGAAAAUGAUUGGGGUGGUGAGGGGGGAUGAACUUUGUGUUCCUUACCCCCACAGGGUUUUUAAUGUUUUCUUUUAACCCUCCUCUUGAUUCAGAAACAACACUAAGAGUCUACAGCCAGGAGCCACGAGCUAAAUGCUAAUGUCGGCAUGCUAACAUGUUCACAAUGACAAUGCUAACAUGCGGAUGUUUAGCAGGUGUAAUGUUUCACCAUCGUAGUUUAGCAUGUUAGCAUGCUAACAUUUGCUAAUUAGCAAAAGCACAAAGUACAUCUGAGGCUGAUGGGAAUGCCAUUAGUUUUGCAGGUAUUUGGUAAUAAACCAAAGUAUUGAUGAAUUGAAAUGUUGACCUCAUGGUGGCGCUAGAUGAAAAGUCAGCGGAUCAUCAAUGUCAUUAGGAUUUAUCAUCUGGGAACCAUGAAUGUCCGUACCAAAUUUUGUGCCAAUCCAUCUAGUAGAUGUUGAAAUAUUUCACUAGAUAAGUGAAAACUUUGACCUGCUGGUGGCGCUAAAAAAGUCAGGGGAUCCUGAAAGUCAGUAGGUUUAAUCCUCUGGGGACCUUGAAUGUGCAAACCUUCUUGGCAAUCCAUCAAAUAGUUGUUGAGAUAUUUCAGUCUGGACCAAAGCAGUGGACUGACCAUGGCUAAAAGAAACUGCAACACCGUCCACCGCCACAGUGUUAAAAAGGUCCAACUUGUUUACUCACGUACCCCAAUUUAAAUGAAAUAAAAUACAAAUUUAGAUGAGAAAAAAAAAAGUCUUUACCUUCAGCCAAAAGAAAAAUUACAAUACCCUCCCCCCUUUUCUGACGCCCGCUCCCUCCUAAUAAUGUUUGUACUGUCCCUGAAUAACAAAGACAUUAUGAAUUAAUCAUAUGAAUAAAUACAGACAAAAUGUGCAGUAUAUCCAUGAUAUUUUCAAAUAAUCAAAUACAUUUGUAAAACUCAGCUCAAUGUUACGAGCUGAGUUUACCUGUUCGUCCUGAUUGAAAAGUGGCAUUAUGAAAUAAAACAGUCUUUGGAGAAAAAUAGCAAAAAGGGACAUAUUCAAACAAAAACUGUUGGACUAAAAUGAAACUUCCCAUGAAUGAACGCUCUCAUUGUGAAAAGAAGCAGGAUAAAAUAACUACAUAAUAAUGAGCUGAGUUAAAAAAAAAUUAUUAAAUUAUUUCACAGUGUUACAUAUUUUGUCUGUAUUUAUUCAUGUGGUUAUUUAUUUCAAAAUGUCGUAUUCAUUAAUUUAAUAUUGAACACCUUUUGUCUCCUUAGAUUUUGCAUUAUAUUGCUUGUGACAUAAGACAUAUUUGGCUUCAUCUGUAUUUUACCAUCUUUGCAAUGUGAAUAAUUAAAAGUUUAACCACUUUUUGAAUCAACAA